AUGACUACAAGAAGUCUUUUUGCUUACAUUGCAAUCGUAGCAAUUUUCUCCUUUUCCACGUCAAGUGCAAAUAAUUGUCCUGCUAAUGAACAUUUUGAAAGCUGUGGUUCAGGAUGUGGAGAUUUAACAUGCGAAGUUCCAAACGAUGCUAGUAGAAUUUGUCCUCCUGAUUGCCUAGCGCAAUGUUUCUGUGAUUUGUGGCUAGUCAGAAACAGUGCAAAUAUUUGUGUUCCUCUGGAAGAUUGUCCAAAUGUAUGCGGGCUUAAUGCAGAAUUAGUUACCAACGGAAAACCUGAUGAAUGUGAACCAACAUGUCGAAAACUUACUCCAAACGAAUGUCCCGAAGUUGGUGUGUUAACUAAAUGUGUCUGUAAAGCAGGAUAUGUAAGAGAUAACAACAUCGACAGAAAUUGCGUCCUUAUAGAAGAUUGUCCAUCAACUUGUAAGUCUCUCGAAACAUUCACAAACUGCGGAUCAGGUUGCGGUGACCUAACAUGUGAAGUACCAAGUCAUGAUGGACUUACUUGUCCUGAAAUCUGUCAAAAAGGAUGUUUCUGUAGCGCAGGAUAUGUCAGGGAUUCAAAUGAAAACUGCGUUCCUUGCACUGACUGUCAAACAGGUCCAUGUAAGUUUUUUAAUUUUAUCAAAUUUACGGAUAGAAAAAUUUCUUAUCACUUCCCUCGUAAAGGCUCAUGUGGCGAGGAUGAAGAAUAUAGCACGUGUGGCUCUGCAUGUCCUGUUAAUUGUGAAACACUUGGACAAUCAACGACCUGUACAGAAGAAUGCGUUAAAGGUUGUUUCUGUAAAGAAGGAUUUGUGAUAGGUCCACAAGGAAAUUGCAUCCCUGAAGGGGAUUGUAGUGGUCUGUGUACAAGAGCGAACCAACGCUUCAGUCAAUGCGGUGCUGGCUGCGAGUUACAAUGUGGCGAUCCAUUUGCAAUUGUAUCUGAUAAUUGCCCUUGCAAUCCUGGUUGUGUUUGCGAAAAUGGUUAUUUAAGGAGUGGUCGCGGAUGUACUUUGGAGUUUAAAUGCAAAAAUCGAAAGUGCAAACAAACUCCGAAUGAAAAAUAUUUUGAAUGUGGUUCUGUUUGCGAAUUGAGUUGUGAUGAACCUGAGCCUGUUGAAUGUAGUGAACCCUGUGAACCUGGUUGCUUCUGUAAAGACGGGACUGUUCGAAAUUCAAAUGGCGAAUGUAUACCAGUAGAGGAUUGUCCAUUAUAA